UUGGGGCUACACUAGGGGCGGAGUUUGACCUCUCAAGUCUCAAAACAUCACUAAUCCGCGUCGGACAUUCUGGCACAGGCCAUUGCUGGUCCCGAUCGAACGGAAAGGGGGGGACGAUUUUUUUUUUCUUUUCAAAAUCCGGAAUAUCACUGUCCCGACCGGGUCUGAGAGCCAUCAAACACGGGCUCGUUCUGCCGUCUGUGAGCGUGUCGGAGGGAUUGGGACCGCUGCACUAUGGCAGAUAGUGCGUUACAUGCGUCUGGACAUAAAUGCAGUCCUCUCUAGCCUGUUUUAGUCGCAGGAUUCGGAGAGAAGAGUCAGGAUCUAGUGCGGUUUACAGCUGGACCGCCUUGUGCCUACAUUGGAAGCGAGCGAGCGAGUAUCCGCUUCCCUUUAAGAUACUGCCCAGUUGCCAUUCAAUGUCCAGUAGCACAUCCCUGAGGCUGCCCUGUGGCUGAUCCUGACGAUGCUUUCCACUAACCGCUCGGGAGGAGCGUGGGGAUGAAAUGGAUGGAGCCCAUGGCCAGACCAGCGCACCAGCUCCCUGCUCCCAACAUGUCCAGCCGCAGCAAGUCUCCCCCCAACUCUGGAGAAGUUGCAGGCUCUAACUCCAUGGCAUGGGUGAAAAUGUUCAAAAAACCUGGAGGAGGCUUAAAGAAAUCCUACCAGCCUGGGAGCAUGCUGUCUCUCGCGCUCACCAAAGGCCUGCUGAACGAGCCUGGCCAAAAUAGCUGCUUCUUAAACAGCGCUGUUCAGGUGCUUUGGCAGCUGGACAUUUUCCGGAGGAGUUUGAGGCAGCUCUCAGGUCACUUCUGUUUGGGUGAUGCCUGCAUUUUCUGUGCUCUGAAGAGUAUCUUCAGCCAGUUUCAGCAGAGCAGAGAGCGAGUGCUUCCAUCUGACAGCCUGCGUAACGCUCUUGCAGAAACUUUCAAAGAUGAACAGCGCUUCCAGCUUGGCUUGAUGGAUGACGCUGCUGAGUGCUUUGAGAACAUCCUGGAGCGGAUUCAUCUACACAUCGUUUCAGACACCUGUACAGACUCGUGUUCAUCUAAGUCAUGCAUCACCCAUCAGAAGUUUGCAAUGAUGCUUUAUGAGCAGUUUGUGUGUCGCUGUUGUGGUGCAUCUUCAGACCCACAUCCAUUCACGGAGCUCGUACAUUAUGUCUCAACCACCGCUUUAUGCCAACAGGUAGAUCGCAUGAUGGGGAAAAGUGAGCGGCUCAGGUCGGAUAUGUUUGGAGAAUUGCUGCAGGCAGCAAACAACACUGGAGACCUCAGGAGCUGCCCGAGCAACUGUGGUCAGAGCAUCAAGAUCCGCCGUGUGCUCAUGAACUGUCCAGAGAUUGUAACAAUUGGAUUUGUAUGGGAUGCUGAGCAGUCUGAUCUUACAGAUGAUGUCAUUCGGUCGCUUGGCCCACGAUUGAACCUGUGUGGGCUUUUCAACCGUGUCACUGAUGAAAAUGCCAAACGGAGUGAGCUACAUCUGGUGGGGAUGAUCUGUUUUUCCAGUAAACAUUACUCAGCCUUUGCCUAUCACACCAAAUCUUCAAAAUGGAUGUUUUUCGAUGAUGCUACUGUAAAAGAGAUUGGAUCCAAAUGGAAAGAUGUUGCCUCUAAAUGUAUCAGAGGACAUUUCCAGCCACUUCUUCUAUUCUAUACCAAUCCAGAAGGAUCUCCUGUUUCUAAUGAAGAUGCACCGAGACAAACCACUAUGUGUCCUCGGUACAAAGCCCAAGUAAACGGUGACACAACAGUGAAACAUCCCCUUGGCAGUCCUAAGAAGUUUCAAGAGCCUUUCACAGAAAAUUUAAAGAGGUCAAGUGAAUCAUCCAAAAAGGAUAGAGGGCAUCGGAGAAUGGACCCAUCACAACACAAAGAUAUGGCACACGCAAGAUCUUCGUCUCCUCCAGAAAAUGGACCUAGGCCUCCAUUAGACCAAAAAUCAAAAACCCAUCCACGCACUGAGAAGUCAUCAAACCAUUCAAGCAGAGGAUCUCAGGAGCCACGAGGAAACAGCAGGAAGAACAACACGUCCCCAAGUCGUUAUGAUCAGGACAGCAGCCAGGAGCAACUGGAAAAAAGUGGAGGCGAUGGAAGUCACAAUAAAUCCAAGUCCACUUGGAGACCCAUUCGGGAGGUGUUAAAUGUAGACACUGUACUGAACGAACUGGAGCAGCGUCGGCAACAGCAACAUGACAGCCCGCGGCACAGUAAGCCUUCGUCCCAGGAACGAGUGCACAGUGAACCGAGUCGAGACCGUGAGCGGGAAUAUACGCGAACCAGGGAAGACCGGAAGCAGAAGUGUUUAAUGACUAUUUAUGAGGACGAGCAGAGGCAUGAGACAGAGAGCCACAGCUCUGUAGAGUCAGAGAGCAGGGCCAACCAACAGAGAAGCAGCAGACUAAAAGGUGGGCCCAAGACUCUGCUGCGUAGCGACACCUGGACCAUCCAAAGGACAGAGUCUGGCUAUGAGAGCAGUGAUAGACUCAGCAGUGGCUCCACCAACCCAGACUCACCUGGAGUAGAUUGCUUUAUUCUAAACCAGAGAUCAGCAUCAGAGACACAUUUGCAAAGUCAGUUGCACCAAAAAGGGGGCGAUGCCAAAUCAAGUUUAACUUCCUCACCUUCACACAAUGGUAAACAUCAACCCAAACCUCAGGGAAAGAACCAUGACCAAGUUUCACAUUCACAUCAGAAGUGCAGUCCAGGCUCAAGACGGAAAUCAAAGUACACUUCUAGUACCUCCAGAAAAGGGGUGUCUUCAGAGAGGGACUCCAACAGUUCGGAUAACAGGCAAAGUGAGCAGCACAGUGGAGAAAGUACAGCCCUGAGGCACAUCACAAAAACCAGCAGCUCAGAAUGGAACAGCUCUGAUGAUCUUGCUCUCUCUGAGCCUGAGGACAGAGAAAACUCUUACCACUCCAGCAACAGUGAGUCCAUCGCCUCUGAAUCCCAGUGUCCUCACAUGACUCUACCAUACCACCCUCCCAGCAAUGUGACUGCAGAGCCUCUCCAACUGAACAAUCAGCGUCAGCCGGGCACAACAGGGUCACCUCACCUCCGAACAAUGCAGCGUAUCCCUCCACAUCAGGGUGAAACAAGCAGCCAUGCAGCGUUUCGUCCCAGGAUGCUUCAAGAAUCCUUUCCUUCAAGUCCUCGUCUUUCAUCCGCGUCAUUUGUCAGUCCUCACAGGAAGCCCGACAUGUCGGGCCUCAGAGCCCUCUCAGAUGCAAGCUCCAAGUCGGGCUCUGACCCAGAGAGGAGUACCCCGUCAUCGUGUGAGAGUGAGGAAAGACUUAGCGGGUGUAGAGGCGAACAGGCAGUGCCAGCUCAAGAGGUUGCUUUGACAACAUACUUCAAUGUGGAUAACUGUAUGACGGAAACAUACCGUCUCAAGUACCACAACCAGAGGCCUCUUGUCCUCUCUGCCACAGUACCACGGACUGUGGUAAUGACUGAGCGCAGAGAUACCAGCCACACACUUCCUACUGACACACACUCACAAGAUGUGCCAAAAGCAAGACCUGAAACAAGCCAUAAUAGCAAUAAACCCACUGCAAAAUGGAACCCAGUGACAGCCAAAGGACUGGAUGAACGUGGUUUUUUAUGAGUGUUACUUGGUAAAGUUUGUUUACAUGGAUGAGCAGCGAUCAGUAGAGUACCAACUGGAUGCCAAAGAGUUUACAGAAUGGAAAUAUGUCCUAAAGCCAGACAUCUCCAAAUAGGGUGGAAUAUGUUUAUGCAAGCUUGUCACAUUAAUAGACACUGUUUCUCAAUUUUGUUGCUUUUUGUUUGAAGGGUCAUCAACUAUCGUGUACACUGUCUCCCAUUAUCCCGCAUUAUUGCUGAAAGCAGAUAUAGUUUAAACCAAAAUCAUGACUGUUUUCAGUUUGCACAAAGGGAUUUUGAGUCUUUUUGGUCACCUUAUCUCAAAUGUCAGAUGUUUAUUUUUGUAUUUGUCAAGUACUUCUGCAUAAGUGUUGCAGAAAUGAAAAUAUUCACAUAUAUGGCAAGAACAGCAUGAGAGUUCACAGGGGGCCUCUUUGAUGAAUUAUACUGUGGUAUGAAUAGCUACUAUAUGCAGAUGAGAGUAGAAAGUAUGAUGAAUAAUCACAGCAUGGUGAUGUGAAAAAAUAGAUACUUAAUAAAAAUAUGAUGUCAUUUUACUCAAAAAGAGAAAACCGACAGAUGAAAGAUGUAAAUGAGCAGGUUCAGGGUAGUUUGUUACAAACUGUCAGAAGAUUAAUAUCAGGACAACCACCAAUUUAUGCAUGUUGAGGGCUUUAGUUCAACAGGGAAGAGGCAUUGCAUCAUUUAUGUAUAUUCAGUUACUGAUUUGUUUCAGCUGUUAUCAUUUAUCAGUUCCUUUACAACAUUUGUGUGUUAAUAAGUGACCGAGGGCUGCCCCGUACCAGCCAGUCUCAUUGGCUGUAAAAGAAAAUGUUGACAAAGAUCCUUGUUAAAUGUUAAAUUUUCAUUUUCUUGAAUGAUUAUAAGCAGAUUUGAUGCCAAAGCAUAUAAAGAUCCAUGACAGUGUGUCUCAAAUGUGGCUCUGCAGACUUACUCCACUUUCUGGUUGUUAACAGAACCAAUAAUUACUAUUAUGUUCUGCAGCUGGGGUAGCCCUCAUCUUAACUUAAAGGUCACCAUAUACUGUACGAUCAUAUCUCCUAGUGUACUCUACCUUAAAAUUGUGCUGGUUCUUGUAAUCCUUUUGUAACUCACAGUGAUGUCAAAUUGUAUUUUUUCAGUCUUCCUUUUAAAGUAGACAGAUAUAAAGAGGUCUGUAUUUGCAGGUAUUUUAAUGAUGAUGCCAACAUAAUUAAUAUGCCUAUCUGAUACUGACCAUACAACACAACGAUUAUUCUUGUUCAUACGACUAAUGUUCUGAAACCUGCAUGUGGCCUUUACAAAAUCUUACUAGCUCUGUGUACAGCAUAAGCAUGAGCAUGAUAAUACUGAACAUAAAUUCUAUUGCAUUUAACUUAUUUGUAAUAAAUUCAUUAAAUAGUGAUUUUGUUACUAUAGUUUUGGAAACUUGAACCUUCUCUCUUCCCUUGCCCAUGCAAGGACUCAUACUUUUAAUUAUGCAUCCAUGUAUAUAUAUAAAAUAUAAUGCAAACCAUAAGCUGGAAAACAAUUAACUGUCCAAGACAUACUAUGCAUUCACUAAAAAUACUUUUAAGAUUACUUUCAAGCAGAGUUUGGUACUUUUAAGGGUAUGUAUUAUGUACAUCAGACAUUCCCAAGAACAUAUACAAAUCUGUGUUGUUCAAUUUUCAAAUACUGAUACAAACUUUCACUUGUGCUCAAUAGGUUGCCAAAUCUUUUCCUAAAUACCCUGCCAGUUGUUUUAUUUUUCACUUUGCACUUUUGUCUAUCCACAAUAACCUUUGUCCAGGUAUUUCUUGAUUAUUCUAAUCACUCAUUUAAUCAGUACAUAUGCUGUGUUUGUGUGACGUGCUUGUGCUGUCUUAUCCCAAAAGAUGGCGCAAAAUUUAUGUGUGAUAUCACACUAAACUGUUUUUAAGCAUCUGUUUGCAUUUGUCAUGGGUUAUUUAUUCACACUGUUUGAAGUGAAACAAAAACUAGAGGCAUACAAUUAAAAAGUGACCUAUUAAUGAUUUUUUUACGGAGAAAUCUAAGCUCUCAAACAACAAAAACAUGCCUUUACACAAGUUGAUUCUGCUUUGGUAAUUACAAAACACUUGCUUUAAUCAUAUGUUAGGAUAUAUGAUAUAUUGACAAAGUAAAGAUAUCCAAACUUCUAAACUAUUGGAUUAGAAAAAAUCAGCAUAUUAUCCAGAUUAACAUAACCUUGUCUCCUUGAAACCUGCCUUUUUUAGUGGCUGAGAGACUAAUGGUUUUAUAGUUAUUAUUCAUAAUCUCUGUUCUGUUAUCCAUAAUUUUUUAUCCAAAAAAAAUAGACAUUUAUUGUUUUCACUCAAACUGAUUCUGAAUUUGUGUCUUCAGUUGUAUCCAGAGUGCCUUGACAUCUUCCGUGGGACAGUUUUGUGUUUAUUUUCCUUUUUUGGGGGUGGGAGGCUAAACCACAAUUAGGAAUUAGGGUAAUGAAUGAAAGGGAUUAUAGGAUGUCAUGAAAAACUUUGAAAUAUGCAAUGCUAAAAGUGACAUAUCUGACCAACAUUGUACUGUACUUAUGAUUUAUUGUGUGAUUGUGCAAGUCUCAGACUUGAGGACUUGUGCCAGAUCCAGCUUUGCUUUCAGACUUGGAAGCUAUAACCUCAGUUUUGAUUGGAAAACUCUGUUCAUCGGCAAAAGUUGACGUGAUCAAAUGUCGGUGGCAGGAAAUAGAGACAUCAGCUUCCAGUGGAAAGUUUUUUUCAAGAUUAAGGGAGAGAGUGGAGAAUGACAUGCAGGAAAGGUGCCACAUGCACAUUUGAGGCUGGGUUGCUGACUUCUAGUCGAACAGACUCUGCACAUGGACUGGGCUAUCGGCGCCCCAAGCAGAAGCGUUCUGAUGCAGAGCAGCAACACUUUAUUACAUGUGCAAGCAUGCCUGUGAGUGUGUUUGUGUAGCAGUCUGAAAAAGAAACCUCAGUGUUGGGUUUCAUCCAUGAUCCGACAUGUAAGGCUUUGCAUAUUUAGAGCCGUUUUGACUAAACAUCCCUCUCUCUCCUGUGUCACAUAAGUCGCAGUUGGCAUUGCAUCAAUCCAUAUCUUUUAUCAUGCUAAACGUACAGAGAACUUAGCCUAACUAGACUUUCUUGCAUCACACACUCAAGAACAAGAGUACUCUAUGAAUUCUGUCAUUGACUUUAUCUGAUAUGUUACUGGCUGAAAUGGCCUGGUGUGUAGGAAUGUAUUCUUGUGUGUAGUACAGAUUCAGCCUGACAUCACUGUUGAACUGAGUUGUUGGUGCUUCAGCGAACGUUUCAUGACUUGUGUAAGUACAGAUCAAUUUAAAGAAACAUAAGAAAUCUGUCUACACUUUAUAUUUUUGUACAUUAUAUAUAUUUUAUUUUUAUUCAUUGUUGAAUAAAGUUUAAAUUAUUGUAUCACU